AUUAUUAAAAAAAAAAAAAGAAAUUUAGAUUCAUUUUCUUUGCCUCUCUCUCUCUCUCUCUCUCUGUGCAUUAGCCUCUUCGUGUACUUUCCAAAACAAAGAUGGGUGUGCCGGAGACAGACCCACUUUCUCGAUUGAACUUACCGCCGGGUUUUCGGUUUUACCCGACUGAUGAAGAGCUUCUUGUUCAUUAUCUAUGUCGCCAAGUUGCAGGGCAUAAUUUUUCUCUGCAAAUUAUUGGUGAAAUUGACUUGUACAAGUUUGAUCCAUGGGUUUUACCAAGUAAGGCAUUAUUUGGUGAAAAAGAAUGGUACUUUUUCAGUCCUAGAGACCGUAAGUAUCCGAACGGGUCAAGACCCAAUAGAGUUGCGGGGUCCGGGUACUGGAAAGCCACGGGAACCGACAAAUUUAUCACCACAGGAGGCCGUAAAGUUGGUGUCAAGAAAGCUCUUGUCUUUUACGUCGGCAAAGCUCCAAAAGGCACCAAAACGAAUUGGAUCAUGCAUGAGUAUCGCCUCCUUGAAUCUUCUCGUAAAAAUGGAAGCUCGAAGCUCGAUGAUUGGGUUCUCUGCAGAAUUUACAAGAAGAAUUCGAGUGCUCAGAGGCCACUUUUAACAGCUAGUCUUUCAAGCAAAGAACACAGUAAUGGAUCAUGUUCAACUUCAUCGUCACAAUUUGACGAUGUGUUGGAGUCUUUACCAGAGAUUGACGAUGGAGUUUUCGCUGUGCCACAGAUGAACUCACUGAAAACUUUACAGCCAGACGAGAAGAUAAACUUGAACAAUCUGGGUUCGGGGAAUUUCGACUGGGCGAGUCUUGCAGGGCUUAACUCGGUGCCUGAACUCGCGUCGAGUGGGCAAACUCAGAGUCAGGGGAUGGUGCGUUACGCAAAUAACGACGUAUUUGUCGCUUCAAUGCCCCAGCUUUGCCACGUGGAAACUGGAAAGAUUGGUAACUUGACAGAUGAAGAGGUCCAAAGUGGAGUUAGAAAUCAACGAGUUGAUAAUUCAAGGUUUUAUCUUCAAAACUCCGGCAUUUUGACUCAAAAUUUCUCUAACUCGGUUGACCCGUCUGGAUCCAGAUACCCGAUUCAGCAAGGCGCAUACGGGUUUAGACAGUGAACAUGCAAAUUUUAUUUAAUACGUAUAAUUGAUGGAUGAUGACGGUGAUUAUACGUAUUUUGAUAGUAUAAUAAGAAGCGGGUCGGGUUGAAAAGAUGGCAAGGGUAAAAAUGUAAAUAUGGGAACAUUUGCGCUGAUAACAUUUCUGCUACAGAAGUUCAGGUGAAGUUUAGGGAGGCAUGGCUUGGCUUGAAGCACCAAAUGGGCAAGACUGAAUUGCUCCGUUUUUGGCUGGUUAGGUCGGUUAGAUUCAACAACAUAGACGAGCACAAAAUUAUUGUACAAUUAAUUUUAACCGAAUCUCAAUUUUUUUUUUAA